AUGAAUGACUCGCCUAUCAUGAGAAGAUGUAAAGACGAUUGGGUGAAUGCUACCCAGAUUUUAAAGUGCUGUAAUUUUCCCAAAGCGAAGCGAACGAAGAUUUUAGAAAAAGGCGUACAACAAGGGUUACAUGAAAAAGUUCAAGGUGGAUUUGGAAGAUUUCAAGGUACUUGGAUUCCUCUUGAGGAUGCCCGUAGAUUGGCAGAAACAUAUGGUGUUACUAAAGAAUUAGCCCCAGUGUUAUUUUUAGAUUUUAACGAUCCGAAUUUGAUUAUACCCGAAAAAGUUAAGCCAGCCCCAAAAGAAUCUUCAGGUGGAGUCAAGAGAAAAUACGUCAAGAAACCAAAACAACCCGGAGACCCACCAAGAAGGUAUAAAACCGGUAAGAAAGCGGCACUCCAAGCAGUUGAAGAAGCAGCUGCAGCUGCCGCGGCAGCUGCCAAUUCUACUACCGCAACCACUGGUGGUGAAGGGGGUUUAAAAACAGAAAUAUCUCGAAAUCCUUCAUCAGGCGAAAUUAUACCUAUUAGCGGUCCACAAGCAAAUCAUAAUGUUCGAAAUGGAAGCAGUAUGAAUGGGCGUCCUGCCAAUAUACAACCACCAAGUGGGACGAUACAAGACCAGUUUGUAACUCAAGGAACAUUUUCCACUUUACAAAGACAUAAUUCUUAUAUUGCACCAAGCAGUCAACAAUUCCCACAGAUGUACAACAUGUCUCAAACAGCAACAGUCCCACCACCACAACAAAAUGGAAAUAAUACUUCAUUACCACCAAGAGGAAUGGGUGAUUCAUUUACACAAGCCGAGUUUCAACCAAUACGAUCGAAUAGCAUGCCAGCAUAUCCACCCGAGAUACAAAAUUAUCAGGCCAUUCAACAACAACAACAACAGCAACAAUUACCACCUCAAGCAUUACCUCCACAGCAACAACAACAACAACAACCACCACCACCCCAGCAUCAUAAAUUCUAUCAGAAUGCAAUGUUACCGAACACUAUUCCACAACAAGUCUUUUAUCAAGGUAAACCUCUGUCAUCACAAUCAUCUAAUGAUAGCUCAUGGUCAGUAGGUAAUAACCCAAAGGAAAGUGAUACAUCUGCAAAUUCAAGUACUGAUGAUCCAAAACAGAUUCAACAACAACAACAAGAAGAAGACUCUAGUCCUCAAGGCGAUAAUAGUUAUGCCGCACAAUUAUUGCGUUUUUUCAGUGAUGAUAAUGCAGCAAUUCCAUAUUUUAUCAUCUAUCCACCUGUUGAUUUUAAUAUCAAUGAACCAAUUGACGACGAGGGCCAUACCCCGUUACAUUGGGCAGCUUCAAUUGGUAAUUAUGAAAUGAUCCAUUUGUUGAUGUCCAAAGGAGCAAAUCCAUUGGUGGUAAAUAGCUUCGGAUUGAACCCUUUAUCUAAGCUCAUGUCCUUUAAUAAUUGUUUUGAAUUGAAAAGCUUUCCUAAAGUAUUGGACGAUUUGGAGUUGUGCUUAAUAAAUACAGAUAUAAAUGGACGAACUCCAUUACAUUAUUUAUCUCAGUUUGCCAAAGCAAGAGGAAAUGCAGAUAGUUUAAUGUACUAUCUCAAGGUGAUAUUGAGCAAGUUAACCGUAUUGUCCAAUCAAAGUCAAGUUCGACAAAUCGAUUUGAUGAAGAAUGUGUUGAAUCACCAAGAUGUUCAUGGAGAUACUUGUCUACAUAUUGCUGUUAGAGCUGGUAGUGCUGAUCUUGCCAAAUUGAUACUACAAUAUGGGGCACAUGAUGAUAUAGAGAAUAUCAACAGGGAAACAGCUAGACAACUAAUAACGCAGUAUAACCUUAUACCUAAUUACGCGAACGUUGGACCUACGCAAGCUACUUUACAACAACAAUUACAGUUGGGAAUGGGAAGUUAUCAAAACUAUAAUGGCCAAGCUAAUAAUACAUCACUUGUUCCUGGGUUAGCUACUCCCAUCCAACCUUCAUACACAAAGGCAGAAACUCCAGAUACACAAAGAACUACUGUACAAGAGGAUGAUUUGGAUGAUGAAGAUGGAAGUGUAGUUGCUAGAGUGGACAAGAGCCACAUUGAUGCUUUAACUGAUAACAAAGAGAAUAUUUUCGUCGAGAAGCAAUUUGAGAAUAUGUCAACUCCGGUUAACAAGAAGCAGAAUGUUACAAAUGCACACCAACCACUUGCUGUUAUUUCAGAAGUAGAUAGCUCAACAACCCCACCACAAGGACCAGUACAACCACCUCAAUCCCAACAAGAACAGCAGGAACAACCAGCAGAAGUAUCUACACUGGUUUCAGAGAGUGUCAAACCAAAACUCGAGUCUUCAAAUGGUCCCCAACUGUAUAAUCCUAAACCACCAAAAAUCAGUGAUGAAGGAAGAAUUAUUGAAGAAGAAAAAGUUGAAGAUAGUGAUCCAAAACUUGCUAUGACUGACUUAUCAUCAAUGAUUUCCGGUAUGAUCAAUUCUUUGUCCGACACAUACUCUGCCGAACUCAAAAAAUUGGAUGCAGAAAAGGAACACUUGCAACAAUUGAUCACUAUCAAAGAGGAUGAGAAUGAAGAAUUGUUGAGAAAUUUCCAACGAAUACUAACUAGCACGGGUAUUCAAGAACCAAAUGUCGAUUCAAUAGAACAAGGACAGGCAUUGGUGGUUGAGACCAUAGAUAUUUGUGAACGAACAAUUUCUGAAAAGGAACAAGCAUUGUUACGCGUAUUACAACGUAACCAAGCAUACAAGUUGGCAAAAUUAGUUGAAGAGCAAGAAUUGAAACAUUUAGAAGAACAUAAUGAAGUUGAUGACGGCAAUGAUUUAAUCAAUGAAAGCCAAGUUGAUUAUGCCAUUGAAUUGUCUGAGUUACAAAUUCAAAGGAAUCAAUUGGUUAGUGAUAUUGCUAAGAGAACCAAAUUAUUUGGUAUUGAUGAGAAAAUGUAUAAAUAUAGAAAAUUGCUUAGUUUAAGUUGUGGUGUCAGAGUUGAAGAAAUCGAUAGCUUGAUAGAUGGUAUUGCUGAAUCUUUAACUGAAGGUAUGACAUGA